CAGUAGUCCCAGUAUCACUAUCGAUAUGUAAGUACUUAUUAAAUUGCAAAUCAACACAUAUUCGUUACGUUUAGUUUCUAGUUAGCAGCUUGGUGACUGGUGUAAUUCUUAGUGAAGGUAAUAUAGAAAAUUUCGGUGUGUUUUUUCAUUUUCAUUUUUUAGUAUAGGUACUUUUGUAGGUACCGAUGGAUGCUCCAGCGAUUGGAAUUGACUUGGGCACUACGUACUCUUGUGUUGGUGUUUUCCAGCAUGGAAAAGUUGAGAUCAUCGCGAACGAUCAAGGUAACAGAACCACGCCGAGUUGUGUCGCUUUCACACAUAACGAAAGCUUGAUCGGAGAAGCAGCAAAAAAUCAAUCGACCAGAAACCCAGAUAAUACAAUUUUGGACGUGAAAAGAUUAAUGGGUCGUAAAUUCGACGAUGAAACAGUUCAGACUGAUAUAAAGCAUUGGCCUUUCCAAGUCGUUGACGAUGAUAACAAGCCGAAAAUCCAAGUUGUUUUUGAAGGUGCUUCUAAAAUGUAUUUCCCUGAAGAAAUAUCAUCGAUGAUAUUGCGAAAAAUGAAAGAGACUGCCGAGGCGUAUCUGGGUACAACUGUUGCAAAUGCAGUCAUCACUGUACCAGCCUAUUUUAACGAUUCUCAAAGAGCAGCUACCGUAGAUGCUGCCAAAAUUGCUGGACUAAAUGUAUUGCGUAUAAUUAAUGAACCUACCGCUGCUGCGAUUGCUUACGGAUUAGGAAAAAAAGACAAAGAUGAAACCAUGAUUUUUGAUCUGGGUGGUGGAACUUUCGAUGUCUCCAUCUUGACCAUCGAUAACGGUGUUUUCCAUGUGAUUUCAACCGCCGGCGAUACUCACUUGGGCGGUGAAGAUUUUGACAAUAAAAUGGUCGAUCAUUUCGUUCAAGAAUUUCAACGUAAAUAUCAUAAAGAUCUCACUGGAAACAAAAAAGCUCUACGUCGUUUGCGAAUUAGUUGCGAACAGGCGAAACGAAUUUUGUCAUCAUCGAGUGAGGCCAGGAUUGAUAUUGAUUCUCUUCACGAUGGCAUCGACUUCUAUAGUUCAAUUUCUCGUGCUCGUUUUGAGGAAUUGAACGCUGAAUUUUUUCAAAACACGAUGGCAACCGUUGAAAAAGUGCUCCAGGAUGCUGAAAUCAAGAAAACAAACAUUGAUCACGUCGUUUUAGUUGGUGGUUCAUCCCGUAUCCCAAAAGUUCGAAAAAUGUUACGAGAUUUCUUCGAUGGGAAGGAAUUGAACAACUCUAUCAAUCCAGACGAAGCUGUGGCAUAUGGAGCUGCUGUUCAAGCCGCUAUACUCAGCGGUAAAAAAUCCAAAGAAUUACUAGAUGUAGUGUUAUUCGAUGUUACACCGUUGUCAUUAGGGACCUCUGUCAGGAAGGGGGGGAAUACUGGCCGUAAUGGAGAUAUGGAAGUCAUUAUUAGACGCAACACUCUCAUUCCAGCAAGAUGUACUAAAAGAUUCAAGACAUCGUGCGACUAUCAACCUACAGUACUUAUCGAAGUGUAUGAAGGUGAAUAUGUGACAACGAAAGAUAAUAAUUUGCUUGCUAAAACCAAGCUCGUAGGCAUUACGAAGGCACCUCGUGGUGAAACUAAACUUGACGUAACUUUCGAAAUCGAUGCUAAUGGUAUUUUGAACGUGACUGCUGUGGAGCCAUUGACUGGCCUUAAAGCCCAAGUUACCAUCGCAUAUGAUAAAGGUCGUCUCAGUAAGGAUGAGAUUGAUCGUAUGAUUAAAAAUGCUGAAGAAUUUGACACAAAGGAGAAGCUGAAAAAGGCUGCAGUUGCCGCUAGGAGUUGUCUAGAAGAAUACUGUAUCAACGUAAAACGCACAGUGCAAGAUGACAAAUUAAAAAAUAAAAUUGAUAAAUCUGAUAAAGACAUAAUCUUGAAAAAAUAUGAGGAAACCAUUGCUUGGUUGAAUUCAAACCAGUCAAUUGGGAAAGAUCAGUGCGAAAAUAAGCUAGAAGAACUGAAAAAUAUAUUCGAUGUGAUAAUUUCUAUUUCUAAUCAACCUGCAGAGAGAAUAAAAGACAAAUAUUAUGAAAUAUUGAACGUGACAAAGCAUUCCUCCAAAACAGAAAUCGAAAAAGCCUUCAGGAAUGUAGCUUGUAAAUACCAUCCAGAUAAAUACGAAGGAGACAAAGAAAUAGGACAUUUGUACUGGUUGACCUUCAAGAAAGCAUACGACUUUCUCAUUAAUCUUGUGAAAGGAAAUUCCAAUUGACAGCAGCUUGGGUUCAUAGAACAGUUUCACUUUUUUCAAUUGGAUCGUUAUCAGACUUCAAGAGUCCAAAAUGAGAAUAUUUUGUACUUUCUCUCUCCUAAUGAAUUACUUUUUUUGUUCUGUGAAUUUCUAGAUUAGGUCUAAUGAUUUCGAUAAGGUAUCGUGCAUAUAUGCAUUUCAGUAAUAUUUCUGCUACUUCAGCGGAAGUUGUAUUAGUGAUAGAUACCUAUUUGUGACGAUUGUUUUAAUAUACGUUCUAUUAUUUAAAUAGUUUGUGAUACCGAUAUAAUUACCUAUGUCAAAGAUACGUAAGAAUUCAUUUUAAUGUACAUAUGCACUGUGCAUUGUGUAUUAGGUUGAGAUUAUGAGAAUAUUUUCGU